AUGGUCGCCCAACUGUGUGGAGUGCAGCUGCAAAAAUCGACAAGCUACCAUCUGGCGUCAAAUGGCAUGGUAGAGAGGCUCCACAGGAUGCUAAGAGCUGCCUUAACUUGUUGUGACACAACUUGGACAGAGGCACGUCCCCUGGUACUGCUCAGCCUACGAGGUACUCUCAAGGAGAAAAUCGGUGCUUCAUCUGCUGACCUCGUACAUUCGCAGUCAUUGGCUGUUCCAGGAGACUUCAUGGAGGAAGCACCACUGCCACAUGACCAUACCACCCUACAACUGGCAGAACAUUUAUGCGCACACAUGGCUGGCCUCCAACUGUACACACCAAUGUGGCAUGGUACAGGCAAAGUGUUUGUGCAUGCCAGCCUGCAAUGCUACAGCCACAUCAUGUUGUGCAUUGAUGCCGCACAGCCACCAUUUUGGUCCGCCACCUCGAAACCGGACUGCGUCACCAUCGAUUAUGUCAAAACACUUGUUUUGUCCACUCCAAAUGCUGCACACUUCUAUGACCCUGUGGAAUAUAUAACUGCCAAUGAAGCUUCCCAUGCCACCAGUGUGGCAGCAUCCAUACUCAUCACCUACAACAACACACAGGCACUGCUAGCUGUCAUCUUGCCACCAGCUGUCACCAUGCUGCCACGUGCACCUCACCCCACCCUGCAUGGUCAGCUAGUGCAGCAGCCUGAAGUGCCCCCACCACAGCCAUCAACAGACUAUGUCACAUGCUCUGGCCAGUGGAUCUGUUUCAAACACCCAUGCUGCUUGACAAUUGCAUCAUGCCACCAGACACUGAAUGGGCGAUAA